AUGAACUCUGUCAAUGCAAUCAUAGACUCCACUAACGCAAUUAUUGAGUCCAUGAGUGCUAUUCUGAUACCUUCAGAUCCCGAGAGUGGCUGUGUACCUUAUGAUCUUGGAUUUGAAACAUUUCUCCAAGAGUUUUCCGUAAUUUUAAAAGAGAAGAACAAGACUAUUACAAAUCUUCAGGAGAAGUUAAUUCAAGUCGAAAACGAACGUGAUUUAUUGAAAUUUGCAUCUCAAAAUCUGGACAAAAACACACCGGCCAAAUCUAUAAUUAAUGAGCCCCUUAAACAAAAAAGCAAUCAAAGCAACGGAAAUGCUAAUUUAGACAUAAAUAUACAAAGUGCCGACUUAAACAAAGAAAACAACAGAUCAUUGUACAUCUCCUUGCCUGUAACACCUCCCAAUGGUGUGCUUUUAAAAUCAGUCAAGAAACCACAACAAGGUUUCCGAAAUCCUGAUUAA